UCAGAAAUGUAGAUGGCAGCUGCUGUCUUUGAAGGACUCUCACCCAUCUGACCCUGCGCAGUGCCUCCGAUUGCUACCAUGAUCUUCUGCAUGCUGCUGUUGGCCUCACUGCCUGAGCCAUCUGGUGCCGAAGUCAACCCUGCUAUAUGCCGUUACCCCUUGGGCAUGCAUGAAGGGACGAUACGAGACGAAGACAUCACUGCUUCCAGUCAGUGGUAUGAUUCCACAGGACCCCAGUAUGCACGGUUACAAAGGGAAGAAGGGGAUGGAGCCUGGUGCCCAGCUGGCUUGUUACAACCAAAAGAUGUACAGUUCCUUCAAAUUGACCUGCACAAGCUCUUUUUCAUCACCUUGAUUGGGACUCAGGGACGACACGCCCGUGCCACAGGCAAGGAAUUUGCCCGUGCUUACCGAAUUGACUACAGCCGCAACGGAGAGCACUGGAUCUCCUGGAAAGAUCGUCAGGGCAGGAAGGUGAUCCAAGGCAACAUCGAUACUUAUGAUGUGGUCUUGAAAGAUCUUCGGCCUCCCAUCAUCGCACGUUUUAUCCGAGUGAUUCCUGUGACGGAGAUGCCAAUGACUGUCUGUAUGAGGGUGGAGCUCUAUGGCUGUGUCUGGUAUGAUGGUUUGGCAUCCUAUAGCAUCCCUGAAGGAGGGACAAUAGCGGCUCCUGGCUUCCCCAUCGUUUAUCUGAAUGACUCGACCUAUGAUGGCUACCAGGAGCGCAGGUACUUGUACGGUGGUCUGGGCCAGCUGACAGAUGGUGUGUUGGGACUGGAUGACUUCACACAGAGCCACCAGUACCGUGUGUGGCCAGGCUAUGACUAUGUUGGCUGGAAGAAUGAAAGCUUCAGCACAGGCUCUGUUGAAAUGGAGUUCCAGUUUGACCGACCACGGAACUUCACCUCCAUGAAGGUGCAUUGCAACAACAUGUUUUCCAAAGGGGUGAAGAUCUUCCAGAAGGUGGAAUGUCUGUUCAAACCACGCCUGAUUGCAGACUGGGAGUCUGAACCAGUUGGAGUGGCAACUGUCUUAGAUGACAAGAACCCCAGCGCUCGGUUUGUCACUGUCCCCCUCAACCAGCGCGUGGGUAAAGCCAUACUUUGCCGCUUCUACUUUGCUGACACCUGGAUGAUGAUGAGUGAGAUUUCCUUCCAGUCGGACAUGGAGAGUGUGAAUCCUAAUUUUGUGACGGUAGCCACAAGCACAACAGAUCUCCUGGAAACAGAGUGCAACGUUACUGAGGGGACCUGGGAAACGACAUCUUCUGUAACCAGCACCUGGAUAGGAGAGAAAGCAGAUGACUCCAAUACCUCCAUCCUCGUGGGCUGCCUUGUGGCUAUUAUCCUUCUGCUCCUGAUGAUUAUAAUCAUUAUUCUUUGGAAGCAGUAUGUUCAAAAAAGGUUGGAAAAGGCCCCACGUCGAAUCCUGGAGGAGGAUGCCACAGUUCGCCUCUCCUUCUACAGUUACACCAUUGCCAACAACCAGACCCAGAUCCACCAGUCAAAUCCCACCUAUGAACGUGCUUUCCCACUGGAUUUGGAAUAUCACCAGCCAGCUACGCUGCUCCAAAAGCUUCCAGAGCUCUCCCAAAGUGCAGAGGAUUCAGUGUGCAGUGGGGACUAUGCUGAGCCUGACCUGACCAAGUCCACUCCUCACCAAGGCUUUCAGAACAGUGUUCCUCAUUACGCUGAAACAGAUAUCGUUCACCUGCAAGGUGUGACUGGCAACAACAUGUAUGCAGUGCCAGCCCUCACUGUGGAUUCACUUACCAAGAAGGACAUCUCCGUGGGUGAAUUCCCACGGCAGCAGCUACGACUCAAGGAGAAGCUUGGAGAAGGACAGUUUGGAGAGGUGCACCUUUGUGAAGCUGAUGGUCUGCUGGAAUUCCUGGGUGUCUCGUCUACAGAAUUCACUCACCAGCCGGUUCUUGUAGCAGUGAAAAUGCUGAGAUCAGAUGUCAACAAAACAGCCAGAAAUGAUUUCCUGAAGGAGAUCAAGAUCAUGUCACGGCUGAAGAACCCAAAUAUCAUCAGGCUUCUGGGUGUGUGUGUGCGUGAUGACCCACUGUGCAUGAUAACAGAGUACAUGGAAAAUGGAGACCUCAAUCAGUUCCUGUCACAGAGGGAGAUCUACAGCAAAUUUGCUGUUUCAAAUAAUAUUCCUUGCGUCAG